UACUUGUUACGUAUCCAGCUUAUCCUACUCUACGAUUUUAGAAUAUUCAGAGACCAGACCAUGUUGAUCGGACUCUGCGGAGGCAUUUGCGCCGGCAAGCGUACAGUCGCCCAGUACCUAGGAGAACAUCACGGCUUUACACAUCUCUACCUACGAGAAAACACCCGUAAUGGAGAUUUGAAUGGCACGCUGGAGGUCAAGCAAGAGGAGGAACAAAAGCAAUCAACGAAACAGAUAGUCCCCAAAGCCAAUGGCAUAAUCGAAGGGGCUCCACAUCCCCAAACCGAACACGUCUUCGAUACCACUGAAGACCUUCUCGACUUUGUCACGAAACGUUGGCGCGAACGCUGGGUUACAACAGACAUACACACCGAAUCCAUCCUUGACAAACUCCUCCGCCGCCCAUUCUUCAUCCUCGUCAGCGUUGAUGCACCAGUCAGUGUACGGUGGCAACGUUGCCAACAAAAACUACACCAGACCGAUCCCCAAGAAGAAAGCCUGAGUCUCGAAGAUUUCCUCCUCAAAUCAGACGAACAUCUCUACAAUCCACAUACUGGCCUCCUACCUCUGAUAUCUCGAGCCACUAUACGAUUAUUGAAUACGUCGAGUAAUCUGGCACACCUCUAUGCUACACUUGGGAAGCUAGAUUUAACGAACGAGGACAGGUUGAGGCCGAGCUGGGAUCAAUACUUCAUGCAAUUGGCAUCUUUGGCUGCCCAGCGGAGUAAUUGCAUGAAGCGGCGCGUGGGAUGUGUUCUUGUGCGAGAGAAACGCGUGAUAAGCACGGGAUAUAACGGUACACCUCGAGGACUGAAGAACUGCGGAGAAGGAGGCUGUCCCAGAUGCAACGAUGGACUGAGUUCCGGAUUUGGCUUGGGGACAUGUUUAUGUCUACACGCUGAAGAAAAUGCGUUGCUGGAGGCAGGUCGGGAGAGGAUUCGAGACGGUGCAAUUCUGUAUUGCGAUACUUGCCCGUGCUUGACUUGCAGUAUCAAGAUCGCUCAAGUGGGAAUCAGUGAGGUGGUUUAUAGCCAGGGUUAUAGUAUGGAUGGGGAGACCGCAGAUGUUUUCAAGCAAGCUGGUGUGUGUCUGCGGCAGUUUAUUCCACCUGCGAAUGGUUUGAUUCAUCUGGAAAAGCCUGCUCUGUAUUAA